AUGGCAACGAUCGUGGUAACAGGCGCUUCGAAAGGUCUUGGUCUCGCCAUCACGAAAUAUCUACUCAACGACAACGAGAAGAAUCAAUUGAUAGUCUGCUGCAACACGGAUGACAAGCCUUUGAAAGCACUGGCCAGCGAGGACAACAAUAAUGGCCGAGUAUUGAUCAUCAAGGGCGACACUGCCGAUGGCAACUUUGCCAAGACUGUAUUCUCACAGUCGUUAGUCCACUUCGAGAUCGAUCGCAUCGAUGCGCUGGUGCUGAAUCAUGGUGUCAUUGGUGAUGGUCAACGGCUGGCAGACAGUUCACAGGAGGAAUGGGAGAAGUGUUUCAGGAUCAACUUUUCUAGCUAUGUGGGCAUUAUCCAACAGACCAUACAUUUUCUACGAGAGAGCCACGGCCGAAUCAUCAUGACAUCUUCCGGAGCGUCAGUCUCGGGAACGCCAGCUUGGGGUCCGUACAGCGCGUCGAAAGCGGCAGUCAACAACCUGGCCAUGACCCUUGCGAACGAAGAGAAGAUGGUCACCACAGUCUCUCUUCGACCGGGCAUGGUUGACACUGCGAUGCAAGGGCUGAUCAGGGGAGAGGUCUCGGCGAAUAUGGACAAGGAGGACGCGCAGAAAUUCAUGGACGUGCAUAAAAAUGGAAAGCUGCUUCCGCCAGAGAAGCCUGGCAACGUCAUGGCGAGACUCGCUCUUUCCGCAGACAAGGAGUUGUCAGGCAAGUUCUUGACCUGGAGUGACGCGGAACUCGUCAAGUAUCAGGACAAGUGA